AUGUCUGUACUAAGUUUCAAGCACCUCCUUGUUUUUAGGAGUUCCAGUGAGCUCUACAGAAUCUCUCAGACAGUGUUGGUCUUUCUUCUGAUCCCAUGUUGUUUGGCACGGGAUUUCAGGGCAUCUCCUAUUAUUCCACACAAGCCUCUCGUCUGGGCCUGGAAUGUCCCAACUCAACCGUGUGUUUCCAAGUUUAAGGAGAAUAUUGAUUUGAGCCUAUUCUCAUUAAUAGGAAACCCUAUGAAAUCUGCAGUUGGGCAAAAUGUAACACUAUUCUAUGUUGAUAGACUUGGCUACUACCCUCACAUGGAUCAUCACCAAAAUUCUGUGCAUGGGGGAAUCCCCCAGCUAGGGGAUUUACAAGCACAUCUGACCAAAGCUAAGGACGACAUUUUCCACUACAUACCAGAAGACAAAUUAGGGCUGGCUGUCAUUGACUGGGAAGAAUGGAGACCUACCUGGGACAGAAACUGGAGACCUAAGGACAUUUACAGAAAUAAGUCUAUUGAAUUGGUUCAGCAACGAGAUGUUGCUCUCUCGUUACCGGAAGCCACUAAGAUAGCCAAAGAAGAAUUUGAAAGUUCAGGGAAGAAGUUCAUGUUAGAAACUUUAAAAUUGGGAAAAUCAGUUCGACCCAAACAAUUAUGGGGUUAUUAUCUCUUUCCAGACUGUUACAAUCAUAACUAUAAAAAAGACGGUUACAAUGGACAUUGCCCUGAUGUAGAAAAGAAAAGAAACGAUGCCCUCCAAUGGUUGUGGGAAGAAAGCUCGGCCCUUUUCCCAUCUAUUUAUUUGCAUAGUGAUUUAGGGUCCUCUCACAAGGCUGCAGUAUUUACUCGCAAUCGGAUAGUGGAAACUAUUAAGGUUUCUCAAGUUCGAGAUGUGCAAAACCCAGUCCCAUUUUUUGUAUAUAUUCGCCUCGUUUAUACUGAUAAAACUACGAUAUUACUUAAUAAGGAGGAUCUUAUGCAUACAGUUGGUGAAACCGUUGCUCUGGGUGCAUCCGGAAUUAUAGUGUGGGGAACUCUAAGUUGGGCACAGACUCUGAAAUCUUGUAUGACUCUACGCAAUUACAUGGACUCCACAUUGAUCCCUUACUUUAUCAACGUCACCCUAGCUUCUAAGAUGUGUAACCAAGCGCUGUGCCAGGAUCAAGGCGUGUGUACGAGGAAGAACUGGGAUACAGACGACUAUCUUCACUUAAACCCAGAGAGGUUCACUAUUAACUCUCCACGGCCUGGCCAGUAUGUCAUAAAUGGGAAGCCAACACUGAAUGACCUGCAAGACUUCUCCAAAAGUUUUAAGUGCAGCUGUUUUCCAAACACCAAUUGCAAUGAGAGAGCUGAUCUAGAAAAUAUUGAAAUUAUUAAUGUGUGUGUUACUGAGGAUGUCUGCAUACAAGGAAGCUUCAAGCCCUCAAACAAUUCUGCUUACUCCUUUAUCAAGUCACUUUCCCCCAGAAACAGGCUGAUGCUCUCUCCUCUUACACCAAUGUCUUCACAUGAAAAAUCAAACAGUAUCCCCACUUUAGUUGGCCUAGAAGAAGCACGAAAACCAAAUGAGAAAGCCUUACAAACGCUAAAAGAAAAGAAAAUCAAAUGA